AUGUCAGGCGAAGAUGACACAAGUGUCAUUGCUCAGCUUACUGGAUUCUCACUAGAUAGUGUACUCACUGGCCUCGACCUUCCUACAGGCCCCGGCCUCUCGAAUCAACUCGGCAUCACAGGAGUUCCCUCGUUCACCAAGAACCAGAUAUACAGCGAGCAAUGGGAUGACGAGGAGGCCAUAGGGCCAGGACAAGGCGAGGACUUUGAAGACGAGGUCAACCGAGAGCUGGAGCAAGAAGAGGAGGAGGAGGAAGGUGAAGCACCUGUAAAGGAGGAAGUUGUCUCGCCGCGCAUGGGCAGGAAAGAGAAGAGGAAGAGGACUGUUGUCCGACGUGUGGAGCGUCCCAAGACUGUCUAUGAACGGUUCCCGACCUUCGAGAAAGACAAUGUCCUGGACUUUACGGAACUAUUCAAAGGCUACACUGUUCCCAAGUCGCGAAUAUCCAAACGAUAUUUCGCUGUUGAGCCGGCAUAUCCAAAGCGCAAAGAGCAGCCUAGAGGUUUCCUUGAGGCUAUUGUGGGCGAGAGUCAACGUCAAGCUCAGAGCAAGCGGGUCGCGGAGGUCGUCGCCGCCGGUGACAUUGACCAGGAUCUCAGACAGGCUCUAGAGGACCGCGAGAGUUCGGACAUGGCUAUCCCUCUCUCUUUACAUGACAGGUCGUUCGACUUGGUACUGUUAGCCAACUGGGAAGACCAGAUCAUAUACGAGCCUGACGAGAAUACCCAUGUGUCAACGAAUAACCGGAAUAAUUUGACUACACCCCUUAACAAGCAGCUUGACGAGGGUUCGUGGACACAGAGCAUUAUCUGGAGUCCUCGCGCCCCAUUCCGUGAUUUCACCCAGCUGGAGCUCAAUGAGGAGGAUGUUGUACAAGAAGAACGCCAGCCAACCAGCGAUGCCAGGCCGAAGAAGCGCUUCAGGACGGACAAUGCUCAAAUUAAGGACAAGUUCAACUUGUCCAACGAUCAGUUCUACGAAGUUGCCAAGGAAGGUGGCCGUCACCGUGUCAGGCAGACGUUUGGUCAGCUUGUCGUUGAGCACGCUUAUCCAGCGCAGAAGCUCCAGCUGCCCUUUUUCAAGACACGACUGUCGAAGCAGGAGGCUCGGUCGUUUCACAGACCUGCUUUGCAGUUUCCAUCAAACGUUGAGCUGCACUUUGCCAAAGUACGGACUGCAAAGAAGAAGAAGGACAAGGCUGGACGCAAAAUCGGCAAGGGCGGAAACGUCGGCGAAGGGUUGCAUCGGACAGGGGACCUCAGUCUUCGGGACACCAGUAACUUCGUAGUAUGGGAGUUUUCUGAAGAGCACCCGCCUAUUAUCUCGAAUUUCGGAAUGGGUAGUAUACUGGUCAAUUACUACCGGAAGAAGAAUGAGAAGGACGAGCAUGUACCCAAGUAUGACCUCGGUGAACCCAUUGUCAUCGAGCCUCAAGACGAGUCGCCGUUCAUGAAAUUCGGACUUCCUGGUCAUCAAUUCUACGAAGUUGCCAAGGAAGGUGGCCGUCACCGUGUCAGGCAGACGUUUGGUCAGCUUGUCGUUGAGCACGCUUAUCCAGCGCAGAAGCUCCAGCUGCCCUUUUUCAAGACACGACUGUCGAAGCAGGAGGCUCGGUCGUUUCACAGACCUGCUUUGCAGUUUCCAUCAAACGUUGAGCUGCACUUUGCCAAAGUACGGACUGCAAAGAAGAAGAAGGACAAGGCUGGACGCAAAAUCGGCAAGGGCGGAAACGUCGGCGAAGGGUUGCAUCGGACAGGGGACCUCAGUCUUCGGGACACCAGUAACUUCGUAGUAUGGGAGUUUUCUGAAGAGCACCCGCCUAUUAUCUCGAAUUUCGGAAUGGGUAGUAUACUGGUCAAUUACUACCGGAAGAAGAAUGAGAAGGACGAGCAUGUACCCAAGUAUGACCUCGGUGAACCCAUUGUCAUCGAGCCUCAAGACGAGUCGCCGUUCAUGAAAUUCGGCAACCUCAUCCGAGCUCCACUCUUCCGACAUAAGCCCUACCAAACAGACUUCCUGGUCAUCAAGAACACAAUCAAGAGCGACACGAAGUAUUAUAUCCGCGAUAUCAAGAAUCUCUUCACCGUCGGCCAAACAUACCCUGUCACCGAAGUGCCUGGCCCACAUUCCAGAAAAAUCACCAACACCAUCAAGCACCGCUUGCAGAUCAUCGCUUUCAAGCUUCUGCAGAAGAGUGCAGAGGAGCGCUUGAAGAUCUCGAGGUUAAUGAAGUACUUCCCUGACCAGAACGAGCUGCAGAUGCCGGCUUUACGAUGCCGGCGACGCGCUUACUGGUCUCUGCAGGAGUUUAUGGAGUACCACCGUCGCGGUCCUCACCAAGGCUUCUGGCGGCUGAAAUCCACCUGGACAAUCCCAUCCGACAUCGACAUGCUGAAAAUGGUUACUCCGGAACAGGUGGUACUUGCUGAGAGUAUGCAGGUCGGCCAGCGGCAUCUCCAAGACUCUGGGUACAGCUACAACGGUGAAGUAGCGGAAGAUGACGAGGGCAACCUUUCUAUUGAACAGCAGCUUGCGCCAUGGAUCACGACCAAAAACUUCCUGUUCGCGACUCAGGCAAAAGCAAUGCUUCGGCUGCAUGGUGAGGGUGACCCCACCGGACGUGGUGAAGCCUUUAGCUUCGUCCGUGUCUCUAUGAAAGACAUCUUUGUGAAAGCUGGUGAAGAUUACGAUCAGAAACUAGCCGAAGCAGAGAGUCGUCCGAAGUCUGCACAUCGGUACAACGUAGCCGAGCAGCAGCUCAUCUACAAGUCCGAGAUCGAGCGCAUCUGGAAGGCACAGUACGACUCGCUGAGCCGCAAGGACGAGCCGCAGCUCACAGACAAGGAGAAGGAGGACGACGCGAAGAAGAGCGUGGCGGAGUCGCCUGCAUUCAGCCGCGCAUCGUCGCUUGCCCCCCAGCGGGAAGGCACGCCAGGGUCCGACCAGCGCAGGGUCCUCAGGAUCAAGCGCAAGGUGAGCGGGGAGUGGAGGAUCGAGAUCGUGCGCGACGCCGCGGUCAUCAACGCGUACGUCAAAAAGCGACAGGCCAUCGAGGAGGAGAACACCACGGCCGACGCUCUCGCCCCGACCGGCGACGCAGAGAAGGACAAGCGUAUGAAGAAGCGGUUGGAGGAGGAGAUUGCGAGGAUGAAAAAGAAUCAGGAGCGCCGCCUGCACCGGAAGAACGCCAAGAUCGUCAAGGAGGGCGGCACGCCGAUGCAGCUGAACCGGCCGGUCAAGCCUGACACCACGAUCCGUGCAGAGACGUUGCGGCCACUGUGGACAGAUGGGACACAUGAAUGGAAAAGACGGCUGACCUGGGGCUGCGCCGCCCUAGAAACAAACCGCAAGUGCCCGCGCUGGGCCGAGUUCAACUCCGGUACGCCCCCGAUGCCCGCGGCGAGCUCGAGCUCCGCGACCAGCCCGCCUGCGACGUCGCCCCCUGGUGCCGGCGGCGGCCUGUUUUCGCCGGGCGGGUCCGGCGGGCUGCACGCUGCGAGUGCGAUGAUGUCGCACGGACCGUCACCCCUGGCGAUGAGCCCGCCGGUAACUGCCGCAGACGAUGAGAUGGACGACGACGAAGAUGAAGACGCGCCGGCGACGCCGUCUGCAGGGGCACCGAAGAUCAAACUGACGUUAAAGCGAUUGUACGCUAAUGUGUAUCAGCUGCUCGAUGCUUUCCUGCUUAUGUCCGGGACGAGCGCACCUCCAUUUAGUGUCGGUGAGCUCCAUCAGUCGUCCUGGCAUGCUGAGCGCCAUGUGCUACCACAAAGUUCCUCUGCGUCGGCGGACUGGACGUGUCGCUCCGGAGUGUAUUCGCACAAGAACGAGAAUUACCUGAGCCAUGCUCACGAGGCCCUCGCUUAUCAUGGUCGCUGCGCUGUACUUUGUCGCGGCGCGUCUUCGUCGAGGUUCUCAGUUCGCAGGGUUGUUCCACAAGCUAUUGGUUCCAUUCGAGAUCAGGCAGAAUGA